AUGAGCAUAGCGAAGCUACACGAGAAAUACGGUCGCAUAGUCCGUAUCUCGCCAAACGAACUUUCGUUCGAUUCGGUUGAGGCCAUGAAAACGAUCCAUAGCCAUCGACCGCCGACAAGCCCUCAUCAUAUUAAGUCUGAGUUCUACGCCGCCACGAAUGCAGGGUUCAGCAGGCGGUGUGUAGGCAGCGAGGAAGACCCCCAGAAGCAUAGGAGAAUGCGGAAGAUGCUCUCCCCGUCUUUCUCACAGCGCGCCCUUCUUGAGCAGGAAUCCAUUAUCGACGGUAUCGUUGACCGAUUUGUACGCAUUAUCGGUGAAAAGGCCCCUCCGAGCUCGAAUGGCAUCAACAUGAUCAAGUGGUUUGAGAUGACUGCCUUUGAUAUACUGGGUGAUAUGGCGUUUGGAGAAUCGUUCCAUAGCCUAGAGGCUGGGAAACCGCACUUUUGGGGCAAUAACAUCUUGGACCAUAUUUACAUGGCCACCGUCAUCGAUAUUGUCAGGCGGUUCAGCAUACUCACCACGCUUGGAAACAUCUUGAUUCCGUCACGAUAUCUCCUGGAGAGCCCAAAUUCGCAAUAUGCCCGACGUCAGGUCCAAAAAUGCCUGGAGUCAAAAUCUACCCGGAGAGACUUUGUCACUGAUUUGGCACAAAAGGUUCGUGAUGGGGAGGUAGAGAAGGAGGAAAUGGCGGCACAUGUGUCUACACUCGCGGUUGCCGGGGGGGAGACAGUUGCAACCUUUAUGUCAUCAACCACUUGCUUCCUCCUCAAGCACCCCGAAAAGCUAAAGCGAAUGGUCUCUGAGAUUCGGGGCAAGUUUCAAUCGUAUGACGAAAUUAAUGCUACAGAGGCACAACGCCUCCCAUAUUUACAGGCUGUCAUUAACGAAGGUCUCCGACUCUGUCCGCCUGGUUCGCACGGUCUUGGAAGAAUCUCCGGUGGCUUUGAGGUGCACGAUACAUACAUUCCUCCCGGGGUUGAAUUGUAUACCAGUCUGUGGACGGUGACCCACCGGCCUGAAUAUUUCAGCAACCCGAUGGAAUUCCUGCCCGAACGCUGGCUAGACGCCAACUCGACCGAUCGUAAGGAAGCGAGCCAGCCGUUCUUGUUCGGACCAUGGGAUUGUUUAGGAAGAAAUUUCGCCAUCAUGGAACUGAACUUGGUCAUGACGAAAAUGUUCUGGACAUAUGAUCUGGAACUGGUCAACAAGGAGAUUGAUUGGUUGAGAGAUACAAGACUACAUGGGAUGUGGUGGAAGCCUAAACUAAUGAUCCGCUUCCAUGCACCGACUGAUCGUUGA